CCUACACCGCUCCCCUACACCGCUCCCCCCCCCCCCUACACCGCUCCCCUACACCGCUCCCCUACACCGCUCCCCUACACCGCUCCCCUACACCGCUCCCCUACACCGCUCCCCUCCCUCUUCCAUUUUUCAUCUUCUAUUUCUUUUCUAUUUCAUACACCCCUACACUCUCACAUCUCUCAUUCAUUUCACAUUCUUUUUUUCGCUCUUUUCUUUUUUUACUUUACACACCCUACUCUCACAUCUUCCUCCACCCUUCCAUUUUUUCUUCACUUCCAUUUCUCAUUUCACACGACUCCACAUUCCUUCAUUUCCACUUCACUCUCUCCUUUCACUCCACCACCACUACCACCUCACUUUCACACCUUUCCCCCUCUCUUUUCUUUUUUCAUCACAUCACUCAUUCCCAUUUCCCAUUUCCUCACCAUCUUCAACCAUACAUCACAUUUCAUUCACUCUUUUUCUCGACUUCCCUUUCCACUUUUCUUUUUUUCCAUCAUUCACUCCUCUACACCAUUCUCCAACCAUACUACUCCCAUACUCCACACCCCUACCACUUUCUCCUUCACUUCCCAUUUCCUCAACACUCUUUUUCACAUUUCCACUCUCACUUCCCCACUCCCCAACUACAACACACUCUCAGACUCCUUUUCUUCACCCUUUACUACUACACUACUACACAACUACACAACGACAUUUCACUUUCUCAUCUUCUCUUUCUUUCUUCUUUCUACUUCCCCUCCUACUUUCAUCACCACUUCACCAUCCCUCUCCCCUCACUCCACUUACACAUCACUUCUUUCACCUCUUCAUCCCACUUCCAUCCCUCAUUCAUACACUUUCACAUCCUCUUCAUUCAUCUCACAUUCACCGCCAAACACUUCUUCAUCUCUUCACCUCAUUCUACCUCUACCAUACACCACGCUUCUUUUUUCUUUUUCCCUUUUCCCUUCUCUUUCUUCCAUCCGCUCCUCUACUUCAACAUUCCCCACCAUCUCCAUUCAUACACUCAUACAUUCAUACAUUUCCUUUCUUCACUUCACUUCCCUCCCAUCCCCUCAUUCCACUCAAACCACAUUUCCAUUCUCCAUCACUUUCUCUCAACCACUCACUCAACCCUCAACUCCUUUCUCUCUCUACUCACCACUUCAUUCCUCUUUUCUUUUUCUUCUUUCUUUCCCACUUCUCACUCUCAUUCACUCUUCACUUCCACAACUCAUCCUACCUUCAUCUCAUUCUUUUCAUCACACUCACAUCUCCUCACUCCCUCCUUUCACUCUCAUCUUCUCUACUCUUCAACCACCACACAUCUUUUUCAUCUUUUCAUCUUUUCUUUUUUCUCUUUCAUUUCUACUCUCACUUCAUUCCUCACUCCACUCAACCACUCUCUCUUCCCACCUUCCCUCAUUCCCACACCAACAUCCAAACUUUUCAUCUCUUCCACGCUACCAACCAUCCAUUUCCAUUCACACAUCUACUCAACUUCUCUACCCUACUUCACUACACACUCUUUUUAUUUACUCUCUUCAUCUCUUUCAUUCGAACUUCCUUUUACCUCUCUACUCCUAUUUCACUACACACUCAUUCAUUCUACUCUCUCUUUUCACUCUCACUUUUCGUUUUCACAUCUACAUACACCAUUCAUACCACACUUCUCAUACAUUCAUCUUUUCUAUUCCAUCUUUUCAUCACCUCAUUUUACACAUCUACUCCUUUUUUACUACUCAACUCCCGACAUUUACUCUUUCUCCUCACUCCCUUUUCACUUUCAACUACAUCUUUUUUCUUCACUCUCUCAUUCUUUCAUCCUUUCUUUUCUACUCUACUCCACUACACUCCUCAUCUUUCAUACAUUUUCACUUUUACAUUUCAUUUUUUCUUUCUUUUUACAUACACCCUACUCUACUACAUACUUCCAUCCAUUUCACUCCACUCCAUUACACUCCCCUACACCUUUCCCCUACCGAACUCAUUUCAUCCUCACUUUUCUAUCAUACUACUCUCUUUUUCUUUAUUUCAUUUUUUCCUCAUUCUACUCUUACACCUCUCCUACCAACUUCAUUCCCCUACACCUUUCCCCUAUCGAACUCAUUUCAUCUUCACUUUUCUACCAUACUACUCUCUCCCAUUUCCCUUCAUUCAUUCCCCUACACCUUUCCCCUACCACUCUCAUUUCAUCUCCACUCUUUUCAUCUCCGCACUUUCCUCCCCUCCAUCACACACUUUCAUCUUCACCUUUUCACUUUUCUACCAUACUACUCUCAUUCUUUUCCUUCUUUUCCAUUUCUUUCCUUUCGCUUUCUACUACUCUUCGCUUCUUCACUACACUCCCCACCAAACUCUUUUCCUCUUUCAUUCACUUCAACUUCUUUCUCCUUCCAUUCACUUCAACUCUCAUUCACUCUCCAUCUUUUCAUCUCUAUUCAUACAUACUCACAUUUCUUUUCUUUUCACUCCAACCAAACUUUCAUCACCCUCUUCAUCUCCCUCUUCAUCUCCCUCUUCAUCUCCCUCUUCAUCACCACUCUUUUCUCAACCAUUCACUCUACUCUCACACUCCCUCUCUUCUUUUCUUCUUUCUCACAUUCACUCUUUUCAACUACUUUUCAUACUUUCAACUCUACUUUCAUUUCUACUCCCGCUUCUCUCUUUUCUCUACUCUACUCCCCUACCAUCUCUUUCCUUUUUUCUCUAUUUCUACUACUCUUUCUUACUUUCUACUCCCAUCCACUCCAUUUCACUCUUCACAUCAACUUCCAACCCUUUUCAUCUUCUCAUACACUUCUUUUUCUCUUUUACUACUUUUCUUCCACUCUACUCCACUACUCAUUCCCUUUCCUAUUUCUUUUCCACUUUUUUCUCCUACCUCACCACAAACUCAACUGGAUUCUUUUCCAUUUCACAUACACUCCUUUUCCCUCUAUCAACCACUCACUCAUACUCCUUUUCCCUUCUCUACCAUUCCCUAACUCUUUCCUAUUCCUCUCCUACACUUCCUUUUUUCCACUCAACUACUCAUCUCUUCCCUCAUCAUUCAUUUCACACCUACAUCACGCUCUACCCACUUCUCUCCUCUUCUCCUUCUUUCCUUUCUCCUCUUCUCCUCAAAUCUUCUUCUCUACUCGAACACACAUUCUCGUUUCACCUCUUUCUAUUCAUUCCAUUCCAUUCUACCUCUUAUUCACACUCCAUUUUCUUUUUCUCUUCACUUCGACCUUCCUUUUUUCUCUUACACUUCUUUCCUUCUACUCAACUACUCAUCACAUCUUUCACAUAUCUCUUUCCACUUCACUCUUUUCAUCAUUCCAUUCACCCCUACUCUACUUCUUCACUCACUCCCUUUUCCUACUUCUUCUCUCCUUUUUCUCUCCUACUCUUUUCAUCUUUUCACCCAACCAUUCCCUUCACGUUCUCUUUUUCCCUUCCACUCCACACUCUUUCAUCUUUCAACUUUACAUCUUCACUUUUCAUCAUUUCUACCACUUCUCAUCACUUCUUCUUUCUACUCCAUCUUUUCAUCACCUCGCUCUACUCAACUACUCAUCCUCAUUCCCUUUUCCAUUCCUCUUCUCCUACUUCACUACCCACUUCCCACUUCCUUUCCUUUUCUCUACUCUACUCCACUACUAACUCAUCCAUUUCUCUCUACUUUCAUUCUCUUUUACAACUCCAAAACUCUCUCAUCCUAACCAUCUUUUCAUAUUUUCCGUUUUUUACACUCUCAACUUCCCAUUUCUUCCCACUCUUCUCAUUACUCUUUUACUUCAUUCAUUCUCAUCUCUUCUGUUACUUCCCUUUCUACGUUACUCUACUACUCUCCUCCCCAUACUUUCAUUUAACUUCCUUCUUUUUCACUUCCACUAUUACCCAAACAUCAACUUCAUUCCAUCUUCCUCUCUUCUUCAAACUACACAUUCCUCUACCUUUCACUUUUCCUCUUUCUUCCACUUUUCCUCUUUCUUCCACUUUUCUACUUCCUUCACACUACUCCCCAUCUCUCAUCUUCUACGCACCUACACUCAACCGCUUUUCCUUCAUACUUCCUUCAUACUACUCCCGACGCUUUUCUUCUACUCUAUACCACCCCUUCUCUUCAUACCCCCCUCCUCUUUUUUUUUCCUUCAUACUACACAUCACUCCUUCCUUUCACUCCCGUUCUACUUCACAUUCUACUUCUAUUUUCUACAUCAUUUUUUUCUCAUCACUACGCUCUACCAUCCCACUUCCUCUUUAUUUUCCUUUUUCUUUUCUCCAUUUCACAUUUACAUCCCAUAUCUCCUUUCCCCUACACCUUUCCCCUACCGCCUAUUUUCAUUCUACUCUCAACUCUUUUCAUCUCUUUUACUCCAUAACCCUUUAUGAUUCCACUUCCUCUUCCUCUUUUCCACAUCUUUCAUACCACUCCCUCACCGCUCUCAUUUCGAUUUCAUCCGCCAUUCAACUUCCAUUCACCCCCUACCUUCUUCAUCUAUUACACUUCUCCCCUCAUCUUUCAUAUUUCCCGCUUCUCACUCAUUCUUUUUCUUCUUUUUUACUUUCAACCACCGUCUACACUCUUCAUCUACUCCACUUCUUUUUUUUCCUCUUCACUUCUACUUCUCAACUUUUACAUAACACAUUCCCAACUUCUUUUCAUUCAUACUUUUACUUCUUUCUUCAUUCCUCUCUCUCUAACUCUUUUACUUUACUACUCUACAUCCCUCCCUCCUUCUUCCCCCACUUAUUCUUCCACUUUACUACUAUAUUUUACUCCAUACUUCUAUUUCCGCCACUCUACUCUUCUACACCUUUUCUUUCAUUGAAACCUCUUUACUAUUCCCUUCUCCUUCACUCUACUUUUUCAUUUCUUCUUACUUCACUCUUUCUUCACCAUUCUUUUUCUUCUCUCUAA